GAAGUUUAUUUUGUUCAACGUAACCUCACACUCAAUUGCGCAUGUCAUUUAAACAACGAGCAUAGAACAUUACACUCGCUUUCUCUCUCGUCUUUAUCUAUGGGCUUACAUGCGCUGGUAUCUACGGCUAGUAUGACAUAACAUCAACAAUCUCUUUAAUUUCCUUUGCCUUUGACUAAAAAUCUCAUAAUGAUCAAAUUUGCCAUUAAAGCGGGCCUGGCAGCCUCCGCUAUCUACUACGUACGGGAGCAGGGUGUAUGGAAGAACAGUGACGAAACGAUCGAGACAGGAAAGCGGCUGAAAUCGGCUGUAAGCCCCUACAUUGAGGAAGUGAAAGCGCAAAUUCCCAUUGAGCUCCCUGUGGUGCCCCAAACCGAAAAUGCAUGUCAACUAGCAAAGGAGUACUGGAAUGCAGGAGUGAGAGCCACUUUUGCGUUUCUCGUCAAAUUGCCCGAUUAUUCCUGCGAGUACACGAAGAAGGGACGAGACAAGUUGAUGGAAAAUCCUGAAAUUAAAAACUUUGUUAACUCGUUUAGUAGCGCCAACUGAAACAUAUAAAUAAAUUAUCUGCCCUAGCAAAA